CAUUCCAGAUGUGUGAGGUGAAUUAGGACUGACCAGUUUUUUAAUAUAUAUUUUUUUAAAAAUUCAGUGGUGUGGGCAUGGGAGGUUCAUGGACAAGAGAAUCGUCUAAUACAGGUUUCUUUUGAAUGUGCUGAUAGUAGGAGCUUCUUUACUAUUCUAUUUUCUGUAGAUUAUUUACCGCUGCUGACAGUGAUGAUAUCUCCACAGCUACAUAGUUCAUCAAUAAGGCAAGUCCAUGGAUUACAUUGAUGGCCGUUGGCUGGGAAUAUGGUGCAAACAUGUUGACGAAGUACUUGGCAGAAGCUGGAGAGAAUACACCGCUUACAGCUGCCACGUGCAUAGACAAUCCACUUGACUUAGAGGAGGCUACAAGGUCCUCUCCUUAUCAGAUGGCCAUUGAUCAGAAGCUCAUUGGUGGACUGAUAGAUAUUCUAAGAUCUAAUAAGCUGUUUUCUAGGAACUAUUUCAAGACAAAGCAAAAGGGUUUGACAUGGAGAAGGCUUUAUUGGCAAAGUCUUUUCAUGAUUUUGAAAAAGCAAUAUCUAUGGUAUCUUAGCACAAGGGACGUGGUUGGGAAUGUGAGCAAGCAAGGAAGAUUUAUAAAACUCAAUGUUUUAUGUUGAAUAAAUAUAUGAUGUACUCUUCUAUAUAAUGCAGAUUUGUUGUAUUAUGUUCUUUCUCUACUCUUUUUGAGUCAUAGCAAAAGAAUUUGACAUUGGUAACUAUAUUCUAUUUAUUUAUUAUGAAAAUAAGAUUGUGAUCAUUAUUGCAAUUUGAUUAUUUGUUUAUUCACAAUAUAUAUGUAACUAUGAAAAUAACUUCAUUGCCAAUGGACCUAUGGUAGUGGUAUUAAUCUUUUUAGCAUGUAUGUAUUUUUAUGGAGAUGAUAUACAGGAUUUCUUUAUCCCUUAUUUGUCUUUAUAAUUUUUUAUUGGGCACAAGCACAUUGUUUACUAGGUUUGACAAUGUUUAAUAUUUGAAUUAGUGAAGAUUUUAUGUUAUGCUUGGGUCUUCUCCAUUUAGUUUUAUUAUUUGAUUAGUCAGUCUUGAGACAUUCUGAUUUAGUGCAGCAAAUGAUAAUUACAAUAUUGUUUUUUUUUUUUUUUAAAGAAUCCCGUGCAUCGCACAGGUUAGCGACUAGUUAUA